GAUAUCAAAUAAUCUUAUCAUCACCACAAUGGAAGCUGACAUUGACGUGACGAUGAAUUAUAAACAAUCGACAAAUUUGAAUUCCUCAUUAGCUGAUAGCAAUCAAACUCAAUGUGUAUCAUUUUUGCAUGACAGAGAAGCUAACAACAUUGAAUUAAAUUUAAGCAAUUUUCAAAAUAUCAGUAUUGAGGAACCAAUUAAUGGAUAUCUAACAGUUACAAAUAAUUCCCUAUUUGAACAAACAGUUAGUGCUCAAAUCCAGGUUGAUUUAACAAGUUAUACAGGAUUGGUUAUUACACAUAUUUAUUUUUUCGAGAAAAUGCUUAUCAUACAACCAAAACAAAAUCGAAAAAUGGAAUUCAGCGUUCCAUCAAAUUACUUUCGUGAUAUGUUUACGGAGGAUUGGAAUAUUUCUAUAACAGCAUUUGCAAAAAUUCCACUCACCAAUGAGCGAUUGUGUACACAGCAAAUACUUAAACCCAUGAAACCCAUAUUAUCUAUCGAAAAAAUCUCACAAAAGGAUUCGAUAGCAUCCAAUGCUGAUGAAGAACAGUUUCAAAUUUCGAUUGUAAAUCCAUUAAAUGUUUUAUUCACAGGUUGCGACAUUAGAAUCGAUGGUACCGGGUUGAGAUUUUACGAUUCACCAAUAUUAUGUGGGUCAAUCGAAGCUCAUAAUACUUUAACAUUUAUGACCAGCGCAAUAAGGAGAACAAACUUAACUGAAAGAAAAAUUGUCGCCGUAUUUAAUUGUGAUCAAUUAAAGAAUGUGCGCACUCAUCUUGAAUCGGAUCAAAGACAAAUGCCAGUGAAAGUAAGGUUAGCCAAUUACUUGAAGCAAAAAAAUUCUGCCACGCAAUCGAGCUCAGAUGAAACAGAUCGCAAUCAGGAAUCUUUAGCUACUAUGUGCGAUAAGCAAUUCAGAUGUGUAGGAUAUCCGCGAGAUCAUGAGAGUGAACAUACGAAGGAAAAGAUACGAAUGUAA